AUGGAUGACAAAGAAAUACAAGUCAUUAAAAAUGCACACUUUAAGAAAACAUUCCACCGAGUUACGAUACUUGACAAAAAAAAGUUUGAAAGGUUUGGCAAAGACGAUGAAGUACCACAGCAAGAUAUUGGCAGUAUUCAUGUUACUAACAAUAUUGCUCCAAAUUUUCAAUUAUUAAGCAAUGAGUUUGCGGGUUUACCUCGAAAAGCAAAAUUUGUUGAAAUUGCUGAUAAUAUUGAAAACUAUCUCAAGGAUGACGGCGUCCUCCAAGGACUGUGUGAAAUUUGCCAUAAUCUUAUGAUAUACAAUAAAACUGCGAUAUUCGAGUACAAAUUCUUGUAUACACUCCCAUUUAUGCCAAAUUUCAUACGGGCUGUUUGGUUUACGUUGGUAGCUCAGUCGCAGCAGCAGGGUUUUAACGCACCGCUGAUAUUGAUAUCAAAAACAAAAGUACCCAAUUUCUCAUCGUUUGUCUCAUUACUAGCAACUUUCUGUAUGUUGUUUGGUCGUCUCCUGCCAAUUUUACAUGAUAUUGACUUUUGCGACGAAAAGUUGCUGAUCGAAAAGCCAUUGCAACCCACUUUACACGUUCGGUUGAUGCCAUUUACUCUUGCUGAAAUAGUUCAAUUAUCAAAGACUUUAAAAGAAGUAUUAUUAGGUCUGGUGGAAUUAGCCUUACAAGAGACGCGAUCUACCCUAAAUCAGCACGAUGGUUUUGUGUUAGCUCUUUCCGACUCAGACGACAAACGAAUGAAACAGCAAAAGCUAAUAUGGUCGAAUUUACUAAAAGUGGUUGUAUUCGUGUUAAAUCAAACUCACACUCGCGAUUUGCGUUUAGGCUUUUGUCCAGAGUCCCAUUGGAUCGUGGGCCGUCUGGAUUUGCCAUUGGAUCGGCCUAGCGAUUAGCCUUUGACGCGCGGCAUAAGUUGUCGUAUUCGGGGCAUAAGACCAUUUCAGCCUAUAAGAGAUUUUACUAGUGAGGAUUUUGAAAACGACCCUCUCAUGUCUACCAAGCAAAUCACGUCUAUUACCAUAUUGCGUGAGAUACCAUUUGUGGUAGCUUUCAGUAAACGCGUUAAUAUCUUGCAAGGUCUUGUGGCUGCAGAUAAAAUGAGGAUCCAGGGACAUUUGCAAGCAUUUCUACAAGGUCCUUCGAUAAUGUUGACAGUGAGAAGAACUCAUUUGUAUAAAGAUGGUUACGAUAAAUUAAGGCCAGAAAAUAAACCCGAUUUGCGUUUAAAAUUUCGUAUUCAGUUCGUAUACUCUUUGGGUUUGGAUGAAGCUGGCAUAGAUGGUGGUGGAGUAUUUCGUGAAUUUCUUUCAGAAUUAAUUAAGAUUACUUUUGAUCCAAAUCGGGAAUUUUUUAUGGUAACGACAGACAACAAAUUGUAUCGAAAUCCGAACAUGGGAGAUUUGUUGGUGGACUUAAAAAAACACUACUAUUUUAUGGGAAAAAUUCUAGGAAAAACCAUAGAUGAAAACAUCUUGGUUGAACUGCCGCUGGCGGAAUUUUUUCUUACGAAAUUGGCGGGCAAAUAUGCUGAUGUUGAUAUUCAUCAGCUAGCAUCUUUGGAUCUAGAGUUAUACAAAAAUCUGCUUUAUCUCAAAGAUUACGAAGGCGACGUUGCCGAAUUAAAUGUGGAUUUUACGGUAGCAACUAGCUCGUCGGGUCAACCACAAGUAUUAGAACCAAAAUCACAAGAUCAAAGAAUAUCCUUGACGAAUUCAAAUCGCACCGAAUAUGUCCAAUUAAUGGCCGACAAUAAACUAAAUGUUCAAAUUCGUCGGCACUGUGUGGCUUUCCGAAAAGGUCUUUCUAAUGUUUUGCCUUUGGAAUGGUUGUAUAUGUUUAGUAAUAAAGAACUUCAAAUAUUAAUAUCGGGCGCAGAAAUUCCUAUCGACUUCGAAAAUCUUAAAAAAAAUUGUAAAUAUGGCGCCGACUACAACCCCGAACAGCCUUCAAUUGUGGCAUUUUGGUGCGCUAUAGAAAGUUUUGAUGAUAUGCAAAAGCGGCAAUUGCUAAAAUUUGUCACUAGUUUCUCAAGACCGCCGCUACUUGGCUUCAAUGACUUGGAUUCUCCGUUUUUUAUACAAAAUGCUGGUGAUAUGGAACGUUUGCCUACGGCUAGUACUUGUACAAAUUUAUUCAAAUUACCACCUUUCAAAUCGGUUGUACAAAUGCGUGAAAAACUUCUGUAUGCAAUGCAGUCCGGAGUUGGCUUUGAAUUGAGUUAAAAUGUAUUUAAAGAAGUAGUGGCGGACGUAUUGUAACUAUAAAAUACAUUAAUAUAUUUACAUAUUAUUCAACAGAUUUUAUA